AUGAGUGUUUCGAGCAGACUGCUGCUGUUGAGCUCCGGCUGCGUCCCCAGCCUCUCCGUCUGGGCCCUGCCGGCUGCUGCCUUCGUCGCUGUCAUCGCCGCCUGCAUAUCUCUGCGGUACAGACUGCUGCAGUGGCUGCUGGCGCUGGUGGUGGAGACGCGCCCCCUACACGAGGUGCUGCACGACCACUAUGUGUCGCGGCCGCAGGAGUCCGCCUCGUGGGUGCGGCUGGGCCGGCAGCGGCUGCUGCUGCUGAGGGAUCCACAGCUCGCCUGGCAGCUGCUGUCCGCUCACUUCCCCAACUUCCCCGCCAGGGCGCAAACCCAGACCCACGACAUCUGGCUGUUCGCUCGGGAAGCCGCUGUGUCGCCGCGGCAGCUGCUGGCCUACUGCACCGACUGCGUCGCCUCGGCGCUGCUCGGGCUGCAGACGCGGACCCUCGAGGACGCAGAGGGCUGCUCGCCGUUCCUGGAGGCCGUGCAGCGCGCGCACGAUGCUAAGUCGUCGUUCGGCCGCCGCUUCGUGUUCGAAUACCUGGGUCAAGCCGUAUUCGACGCUCUGGGGCUGGGACAAGUCCCCAAAAAGAUUGCCAACUUCUUCAGAUCACUGGCUGCCGUCAGUAUCGACCACAGUAACAGUAACCCUGUGUCUUCUCACGACUUCGUACAUCUGUUUACGAAGAAGAUGAAGCUGAAGGGCGCAGAUGAUAAGGCUGUCCUACAUGAAGUUUCGAGUCAGACCGCCGCCAUCCUGUCAGCUGGAGCUGGAGAGACCAGCCACGUGCUGCAGCACUGCCUCCUGGAGCUGGCCGCGCAGCCACAGCUGCAGCAGAGACUGCGCUCUGACAUCGCCUCUGCUCACGAUCCAACUGCGCUGCCUCUGCUGGAAGCCACGCUGCGGCUGCACCCCUCGGAGCCAGUGCUGAGCCGCGAGUGCCGGCAGGCGUGUUCGCUGGGAGGCGAGCGGCUGCAGCCGGGGGACCGCGUCCUGGUGCCCGUCUGGUCGCUCAGCAGGGACUGCGGGCCACACGGCUUCCAGCCAGACACAGGCGUGGAGGCGCCACAGCUCGUCUUCGGCGGGGGACCCCGAAAGUGCUUCGGCUACAGACUGGGACUCCUGGCCAUCAGGAUCCUGAUCGUGGAACUGGUGUCUCAGUAUCGGCUGUUCCCCGCUGGAAACGCGAUCGGUCUCAAGAAGAUUGACGACGAGUAG